AUGCAAAUUUUCGAGCAAGUUUUCAUGCUAUGCACAUUACAUGAUAUCGGAUCGAUAUUGGCAAGAUUUAUCAAAGUCGAUACGUAUGAAGAUGCGCUCUUGGGUCCGCUCAGCGAAAAUCCGGAUGUCAAACGAGUGUUUUGUUAUGAACCAACUCGACGGCAUCAACCAAUUCCAUUGAUGACUAGUGGUGAUGUUAUAUCACUUUUCAUCGAUUUUCGAGAAAAUUCUAAAGGAAAUGUUGUCAUUGGUAAUUUUCUCGAUGCACUCGUUAAUUAUUACCAUUUACGAACACGAAAAGAACUUGGUCUUUAUUGUAAAUCAUUCCCAUACUUGAUAGAAGUAUCUGGUCUUGUAAAGCGAAACUCCCGCUGGUAUAUUAAAGAAAUACAAACUGCAGCAGUAGAAGAAUUGACCAGCACUAUUGAAGAACGUUUAUCCGAGCUUAAGCAAGAAAUGCGCGACGAACUUGAGCUCUCGGCCUACAAUAAGAAAAAAUCUCCCAUAGCCGUAUUCAAUCAUUUAGCUUCAACUGUAGAAAAAUAUCUUUCCUUUAUACCUGAACAAACAUUUACCUAUGCUACUCUGAUUCAUCUUCGUCAGAAUGAAUUACUUCAAUGGCUAUUGAAUAUUAGUAUCUAUUUGGGUAGUAUUCAAAAACCUGAGACAUUCAUUGCUGAACUCCAAAGAAUCCUUGGUCAUCAAAAUCACCAUGAGAGACAACAAAUUUUGACGCAAUUUUAUCAAUCGCUACCAUCUGAUCCAGACAUAAGUGAGAGGGAUCAUCAACGACUUGAAGCUAUGAUUCAACAACAACAGAACCGCUUGACAUAUGGACAGUAUCCAUCAGCAAUAAAUGAUUGGUCUCAUUCGGUAACUAAUACUUCAGGUGCAAAUGCAUUACCACCAACUAAUCCAAAUAGAAAAAAAUUAACUGUGGAUUUAAAACAAGUAUGCUCUUAUCUGUUUGAAAUUCUUAUCAAUUAUGAAAACGCUCCUACAAUCAAACAGUUGCUACAAAUCGAAAAUCAUUUAUGUACUAAAUAUCGUCUUGACAGUUUUGCUGAGUUGAAAUUCGAUACGGGUGAUGACGAUGAUGAUACUGAUACCAAUAUAGUAUCUUUUCUUAAUACUCAUCAAAAGUUAAUCGAUCCGAAUUCAGAACUUUCUGUUUAUGGUUAUAAUGUGCCUAUAACAGAUCGACGAGAUUUGUUUGAAUUUACGAAUCAAUUGAUCGAAUCAAACAGUGAUAAGCAACAUAUCUCUUCGCAAAGUGUAGAACUUCAUAUGGAUUCGAACAAUGAAGAUAUUCAAAUUAAUGCUGAUAGAUUAUCGAUAUUGGAAAAAGCAAUAAUUCAUAAAUUUGGCGGACUACUUGGUUUUCGGUCAGGAAGAAAUAUUCUUCACAAAACCAAGAAAUCAUCCCAUUUAAAUAUGGCAUGUUCUAUAAUUCGUUUUGAAGAGUCGCUUUUGGAUUUUAAUCAUCUUGAUCGAAUCGAUACAUGUCCACUAAUGCCAAUCACGGACGAAAAUCAGCUCUGUAAAUUUAUUCUUCAAUGUCCAAUCAUGACCAAUUUAUACUGCUGGCUACAAUGGACUUAUUUCUUUGAACCAAAAUAUGGCAAUAUGAAAUCAUUCAUUAGAAAGCACAUGUAUUCACUACAGCAUCUGUUGCUACUCGAAACAUCCAGUUAUGAACUUCUUCGCUUGCCUAGCGAUGCUACUCUGAAGAGUUUCGAAGAAGAGUUGAAUGCACUACGUGUACGUUCAGCUGUCGGUCACCUAUGUGCACUAAUCACUUGUGAAUACGGUGUAACUGCUCGAAUACCAUUAAACGUCUAUCGAACAUCUAUGCGGACAUGGUUCAUUCAUUUACAAUCAGUAUGCAUGACAUCGGGUAAUAGUCGACAACCGAUGCAAUAUGUACUCGACUUUUUAACCUAUCUGCCAAUACUUAUCGGGCAAGCAAGACUUAUUCAAGAAAUUAUACUUGUACUUCUUGAUGACGUUUUUCGGAGUAGUGGGCCAGGAACAGUUAGUGCAAGAAAAAAAAUAUGGGAAUUAGCGGAUGAAAAACAAAAGAAUAAAUUAGAAAUUUGGGGUUGUACGCUGGAUAUUGAGGAUUGGAAGAAUAACAAGAAAUGGUUGGAACAGGAUUACUCGAUCGAAGAACACCAAGAAUCUGCACUACAGAGUAAUAUUGUGACUUCAAAUAAUAGCAUUAUUCAAGAUAAUACUCAUGUUCCAGCAGUACAAACACCAGUUCUACCACCAAGUCAAUCACAUUCGAACACACCUGAAGUCAAAAAGAAUGAGUCUAACAUAUCAAACCAAUCUGGAUUCGAACAUAUAGAAUCGAUUCGUCGAGGCUUUGGUAUCGAUAGUGGUCUUGAUUCAGGUGGUCAAUCUAUUGUGAAAAAUUAUCAAGGGAAGCUUGAGCGAAGUCUACAAAAAUUAUCUAAUGAUCUAUAUUCAGAAAAAGGUCAUUUCGUCUUGGAACUCAUUCAAAAUGCUGAUGAUAAUCAAUAUCCAUCUGAUUGUUUGCCAACACUUCGUUUUGUUCUCUCUGAUAAACGAAUCUUAAUUUGUAACAAUGAAAUUGGUUUUGAACGGAAUAAUGUUGAAGCUAUCUGCGAUGUUGGUACCUCAACUAAAGGCAAACAUAAACAAGGUUAUGCCGGACACAAAGGCAUUGGAUUCAAGUCAGUAUUUAUGGUUUCUAAUCGUCCCGAGAUUCAUUCAAAAGGCUAUCAUUUUUGCUUUGAUACCGUCGAUGGUACUGAACAAAUUGGAUAUAUUCGUCCGAUUUGGUUGAAUAAAUGUGAAGAAGUAUUACCAAGCGCCAAUGAAUGGACAACAUGUAUUCGUUUACCCAUUCAACGAUCGUGUCGACUUCAAGAAGAUUUUGAUAAUAUUCAAGCAAAAUUAUUACUCUUUCUCAAUCGUCUACGACGCAUUGAAAUUGUUGGUCAACCAAUGAGUUCUUCGGAUAGUGAUCAAAUUCGUAUUUUUACAAGAAUUGAUCAUGCUGAUGGGAAAAUAAUUGAACUACAAGAAAAAACAGUAAAAGAAACAGUCAAAACUUUUUGGCUCGUUGUUAAAAAGGUUCUCCAAGUUCCAGAAGACAUUAAGGAGAAACUUCGUGAAGUCAAAUGUGAAGUUCAUUCGACCACAAUAGCCAUUGCUUAUCCGAUUAGCAAUCUUCAAAAGUUGAUCCAACAACUUCCAUUAGCUCAACCUCUCUUCGCUUAUUUGCCACUUCGUUCAUACGGGUUUCGUUUCAUUCUUCAGGCCGAUUUCGAAGUACCUGCCACACGUCAAGAAAUUUUUCAUGACAAUUUUUGGAAUGAAUGGCUCAAAUCUGAAAUGGUUCAACUUCUUCCGUUGGCCUAUGAACAUUUUAAAAAUUUACCUGAGCUUCUCACUUCUUUAUCUGCAUUAGGAAUGAGUAGUUCUUUAGCAGCUACUCAAGUUUUAGUGUAUUUUCUUAAGCUCAUUCCGACUCGCAAUGAACUUGAUCCGUAUUUCAAUUCAUUUGUUGACAAAAGUAUGAAAAUACUAAUGGGUAUUAUCAAAUUACCAGUAGCACAAGACGAUGGAAAUGGUCAAGUACAUACUGAAUGGGUUCAAGCCUCGCAAUGUGUCCUUGUGAAAGAUCAAUUUAUACGAAAAAUUCUUCCUCAAGAGUUACUAUUGUCACAUUUCAAUUUGUAUUACGUACCUGAACAGUUAGCAUCAGAAUGUAGCGAACGAACUCUAAUUAGAUUAGGAUGUGCUUCCCUACAGUUUUCUUCUAUUAUUCGACUUAUCAAAGAAUUGUACAAGCAAGAUGAACAAACACAUUCUACGAAGACAUCAAGUAUCGAACAAAUUGCCAAGUGGUUGCUCUGCAUUAACUACAUUAUUGAACAACAACAGCAAGAAAAUGGACAGUUACGCGAUAGUGGUACACAUAGCGAAGAGAUCGAGGCAUCAAAGCUAAGAGAAUUGAAACAACUGAAAAUUUUUCCGUUAAGCGGUCAUUCACAAUUAGUAUCAAUGGAUGAAUAUAAGGAUCAAGUGAUACUUUUUCCAUUACCAAAAACAGCUCAAUAUAAGAAACCAUUCAAAAUCAUUCUUAAUGAUUUACCAAGACUCGACGAACGAUUAAUUGAAUAUAUUGAAGAUAAAUUUGCACGGCGAUAUGACUCAAUUGUAUGUUUACUUAAAAAACUUGGUAUCAUUGACAAACCCAAGAUUAUGGAUAUUUAUCGAAUACAUAUGCAACCUAUACUAUGGGACAAGAGUCGUUGGUCGACAGUAUCUGAUUCAGUUCUUGUUGCUUUUCCUUUGUGCAUUUAUGCAUACCUCGAUCAAUUUGAAAAUGAACUCGAACAAUUGCGAAAAUGCAUGGUUAUCAAAACUCGCAGUGGUCAAUUUGUUCGUCUAGAUACACCAGGUAUUAUCAUUCAUUUGACAUCCGCAUAUGCCUGUACAAGAUCUCUCGAAUCCUUAAUUUCGCCCAAACAUGAAUUCACAUUUAUCUCAGAUGAUUAUAUUAAUAACUAUCGUACCGAAUUGUUCCAUUCGAAUGAUGAUGUAAGAGGUUUUGCUAGAUUUCUUGAAAACCUAGGUAUUACGGAAUUUCUUCAAGUUGGUAUAACUGAAACUCACUUCAUAAAUGUUGAUUCACUUCAAAAUACUCAAUGGAAUUAUUUAAUUCCAGAAUUGAAUGAAAUGAUUCAUCAACCAUUUACAAUUGAAGAUUGUUCUUGUAAUGAAUUUAAUACACUUAUAGCUUCAUGCAACAAUAUUGCUGUUGAUAUUGAUUUGUGUACGAAAUUAUUGAUAUACUUGGAUCGUCAUCAUGCUACGCUAUCUCAGUUCUAUACGGCAUCAAUAAAUUUAAUGGAUCAAGUAAAAUUUGGACGUAGACAACCAAAAAAAGGCAUCCCAUCAACAUUUUAUCUAUCAUUGAGACAACAUGCUUGGAUACCCAUUGAAGGUGAUCAAUUGGCUAAGCCAGAUGAUGUUUAUUGCUUACAUCCGAAGAGUGAAACAGCAGUCUUUCAUCGCUAUAUACCUCAUUUAGAUCAAACGAAGCUAUCAUUGAAUAAUCGAGACUUUAGAUUGAAUAUACUUGGACUAAAAGAACAUGUUCUACCUGUAACCAUGUUUGAAAUAUUCAUGAAAUGGUCAUGUGGUUUUGAUCGUGACGUUCUAUUGGCGUUAUUAAGUGAAAGUAACCAUGCAAACGUAAUACCUUGUCCUCUAGCAGAAACAUUUCGUCAACCGUUCGACGAUACAAUUGAGAAUGUUCGACGUGUCUAUCGAUUUCUUCUAGCUGACAAUUGCACUCGCAAUUAUCUACGCUAUUUUUGUUACUGGCCACUCGUAUUUAUACCAGAAAACAAUGGCAGAGGUUACUUCGUAUUUCCUCAUCAAGUCUAUUGGCAAGAUUCAACAUCAUUAUUAUCACCUUUUGAUGAUAUCAGUUUGUUGAAUUUAAAUCGUCGUAUUUCAAUUAAACGAUACUAUGACAAUGAUAUUAAAUUGCAAGGAUUCUUUCUUCAAGAAUUUCAAAUCGCAUUCGAACCAACCAUCGAUGAUUAUUUUCCACUGUUAUCACAGAUAUUAAGCAUCAAUAAUACGUGGAGACUUAUUAAAGUGAUCAUGGAUUUAUCAUUUCAACAAAAUCGACAGAUAGAAAUUAAAGCGAUGCUUCGACUUGCCAUUUAUUCCUUGUAUGGGUGCGAAAAUAAAAAAGCCAAAUAUAGUGAUCAACCAUUCUAUCCACAUGAUUUUGUUAUUGCCGAGAAAUUGGCAAAUAAACUAUUCAUUAUUCAAUUACCAGAUUGGGCCUUGCCUUUAGAAUUCAAGAAUAGUUUUUGUUUUCUCUUCGAAAUUAAAUCUCUAGCAGAUGUUAUUCAAUUACAAGUUCAUGUUGAUAACGAACAGCUAUCCGUUGACCUAUUCAAUUUCUUUUUUCAUUCGAUUGAACUUGUUCAAAAUUUCCUUCUUUUGAAAUCGUUCAUAACCGAAGAACGAUCAAAAUAUUUAGCAUCUAUAUUUGCUCGUCUACAUUUUGUCUGUGUCGAUAAGAUUCAACUUUCAUACAAGUACGAAACUGAUAUCGUACGAACAGAAACAUGUGACACUUACAUUGACGAACAAGCAGGCCAAUUUUAUAUAUUGAAACAAAUUGAAAAAUUUGAAAAGCGCUACAUUGAGACUAUGGUCGCAUUUCUUGUUCGCGAUCGGGUGGCACAAAUCGAACUGACAUCCUAUAUGAUGGAGCUCUCACGAAUCUAUCAUAAUGAGAGUACACAAGGUUUAAUAAAUCAACGUCAAAGUAUCAUUAAUUUAGAAUAUAAUGACAGAUGGACAUUUCCAAAUGUUUAUUCCAUUUCAUCGUCAUCAUCAUCAUCAAGUGAAGAAAUUUCUUCGGAUGAGGAACAGACUGAAGAAUUAACUGAGAUGAUAGAAAAGUUGAUGAAUGAACCUUUACCCGAACAAAAAGCUCCAUUACAGAGAAAAAUUGAACAAGAUGACGAGAAUAAUCCACGUUGCUUUCCAGCCAAAGCCAACGCUAAAGAAUUAACAGAAUUUUCAAAUACCACAUCUCAUCCGGCAGAGCACAAACAAUCGGUAAAUGUAUCACAUUCUCCGGAUUCCAACCAUAUAACAUCCUCUAGUUCAGUUUCGCAUUCAUCAAAAGAAUCAGAUAAUAAUCGUACGAUUAAAAAUGAGCAACCUGUUAAGUCAACCGCAAAAUCAACUGAUACAUGUCAAAUACAAGCUGCUACUGUUGACUGUUCGAAUUCUACUUCGGUUGAAGUAGAAAAAUUUGAACGUAUUCAAAUCUCGACUCUCAUUGGUUCAAAUCCUUAUUCAUUGUCGCCAUCUUCAAUUACAAUUAAUCCGAUUAAUAACGAAAUUGAUAAUACUCUCGGUCGUAAAGGUGAAGAGCUUGUUUUUCGAUUUCUAAAAUGGAAAUAUCCAAAUGCGCAUGUUAAAUGGAUGAAUAAUAAUAAUAAGGAAUCAGGUCUUCCAUAUGAUAUUGAAAUGAAAAUAAACAAUCAGAUUGAUUUAAUCGAAGUGAAAACAACAGGAAUUCAUGAUCAACAUACAUUUAGAAUAUCGAUUGGCGAAAUUAACUGUUUACUUAAUCACCCAACAAAUUAUCAUAUUUAUCGAGUUUACUAUUCCGGUGAACCUGAAUCCACAAAAAUUACAAUUCUUAGUCAAGUAAAGCAACAUUUAGAGCACAAACAACUUGCACUUUGUAUGACUAUUAUGCAACGAGCUAAUGAAGAAUAG